AGAACUCCUCACAUGGGCGAGGUGCUCGGGAGCGGCGCCGCCGCCGCCACGCCCCAUCACGCCGCGUCGUCGCUCACGGGAGGAGGCCGGUCCGGGCCGGGCGGGGGCGCGACUCAAACGAAAGCCGAUAUGGAUUCGACGGCGACGGCGACGACGGCCGGCUGGCAUCGUGCGGGGCCGCCUCCCCCGGGCGAUGGCGGCCCCGGAGCAGCUUUCCGCAGCCCCGCCGACGGCGAGCCGGCGACGCUCGGCCGCCCUCCUGCCAGCGUGGCCAGGCGAAGCAAAAAGAGCCUGGGGAGACCCGGCGGCUCCGCGGGACAUCUCUCUUUCCUCCUCAACCAAGAGAACGACCGGGCGGGCCGGUGAUGCGUGGCCGGGCUUGUCGAGGUACUGGGAAUGGACGGCAGCAAUGCCGAUUACAGCGAUGGGUAUACCAUGGUUAUUACUGUUGGUGGCUCACGUUUUUUUGGGAAAAGUUUGAGAUGCAAUUACUCCUACUCCUUCUCGCAAAGCCGUUGCUUCGGAAAUCCGGCCAUCCUUCUCUUGCUCCUCUUGCCAUUUGGAUACUUGCCCGAUGGACAUGCUCUCUCUUGGCGGCCAAAGUGCACGAGCCAUGCCGGGAGAAGAAGCGCCCUGAUAUCCCUUUCUGCCCUUGUUUAUUAGGAUAGUCUCGGCAGUAUUACUUUUCUCCCAUCCCAUCUACCAACCCCAUUCACGGCUGGGACAAUGCGGGAAACCAGGGCGAUCAGGUCUAUACUAUUAUUGGCACUUGAUGCCCCUCGCAAGGCCGCGCCCAACGCUUCCCUACCUUGUUCAGGGCUCAGGGAUACGAUGAGAGUAUGCGCCACCAAUGUCGCAGGAU